CCAAAACGUUGGCCCAAGAAAAAUGAUGUUUUUAUUUACUGUUACUAUCUAUUGACCGAUAAACCCAAAAACUUAAAUGGGCAUAUUUUACAUAUAUCUUUCUAUGUAUAGCGAGAUAAAAAGCAGCUAUUUUCUUAAUGAUAUUUUUAAGCCGUUUUUUUCCGCUGGUAAAACAUAUUUAUGAUCUGCUGACUGAAUAUACCAAAGCUACUUGCUGUAGAUAAUUCCGUUAAUUCAGUUUGAAGAUAGCAUUUUCACAGUAGGUAUCGCCGUGUAAGAGACGCCAUAAAAUAAUAAUGAAUAAUUUAGGUAUCCUAGUCUUUUCGGGCUGUUUGGCUGUAGUUAUAGCACAAGCUGCGAACAGCUCAAUACUCUGUUUUACUUGUAAUCCAACACAUUCUAGUAGAUGUCUGGCAAACACUCUGAAUCAACCAACAAAUUGUUCUGCACCAAACAAUUUGACUGCACCUGCAUGCUUUUCGGAGUAUCUAAACUACAAUAAUGUAAGUGGGAAUACUGUCUGGAAUAAUUUCACAGGAAUACACAGAGGAUGCAUUGGGGCUAAUAUGACUUUAGUGAACUAUUGUUCAAGAAACCUUGCUCCCAAUGUAACCCGACUAUCUUGCCAAACGUGCAAUUCUUCCAGGUGCAACACUCACACUUUUAGCAACAAUGGAGGCAUAACAGGACCAGGAACAGGAGCAGACGGUACAAGUGGUGGCAGUGGAGCCUCCAACAUUAUUCCGUUCGUUUCAUUGAUUAUUUUUAGUUUUUUUGUGUCUCAUAUAAAAGCUGGUUUUCGAGGAAGUAAUUAAUCUUUGCCUUUUAAAUUUAACGUUCUCAAGAGAAGAAACUUCGAAAUUUAGCAUUUCUUUUAUUUAUUUAAUAUUUUUCAUUUGUUAGACAAUUUAUUUGUAGAUAUUUAAUAGAAAGCUACAGCAUCCAUUAUUACACGCAAUAAUGUAACGCGAAAGAUAUAGAUAUCUAAUUUAUUUUUUAUCAGAUGUUUAUUUUUUAUUUAAGAUUUAAGAUUAUUAUUUUUUUGGUUUUAACAUGAGACUAAAUUAUUAAUAUAACCAUGCAGCUGAAAUAUGUAAUAUAGGCUUCUAAAUAAAUAUAUUCGAAAAU